AGAUUUGAUGUAUGAAUGAGAGAUCACUAAUAUUACGAAUUAAGUCGAAGUGUUCUAGAAAAAGUGCAGGUCGAAUCAAAUGCCACCGGCACCUGGGUGAACGAACGCAUCCGAGUUCGAGAAUUGACUAAACUUUUUUCGUGUGCCGUUGCUUGCAGUUCCUGUUCGUAUCCGGCGUGUCAGCGUCUAGACGUAGGUUUCGGGAUAUUUCUUCAAAAUACUUUUAGAGUGAUAUAUUGCGGAGUUGAUCUUGCUGUAAAUGCAGUAAGAAUCAUAUACGUCAUGUCCUAAAAAAAUUCGAAACGCCCCAGUCCCGAAGAAAAGUAUUCAUGUUACAGUUUGGUCAAGUGUAGCCCAAAGAUGUCCAUUCCCCCUUACCUAUUGGGGCCUAACCCAUGGGCUACUAUGAUGGCCCAGCAGCAGGCUCACGCUCAGCUUGCAGCUGCCCAAGCCCACGCACAGGCAGCAGCUCAUGCUCAGGCGGCACAUCAUGCCCACAUGCACGCCAUGGCUGGACCUCCAUUGCCUCAGCUUCCGAAACAGCCAGAUGUGAUUUCUGAAGACAAAUUGCAAGAAAAAGCCCAAAAAUGGCAGCAAUUGCAGUCGAAACGUUUUGCGGAAAAACGUAAGUUUGGGUUCGUCGAUGCACAAAAAGAAGAUAUGCCCCCAGAACAUAUCAGAAAAAUCAUCAGAGACCACGGAGACAUGAGCAGCAGGAAGUAUAGACAUGACAAGCGUGUAUAUUUGGGAGCCCUGAAAUACAUGCCACAUGCUGUAAUGAAGUUAUUGGAGAAUAUGCCCAUGCCAUGGGAGCAAAUUCGAGAUGUUAAAGUGCUGUAUCAUAUCACAGGAGCCAUAACCUUUGUCAAUGAAAUCCCAUGGGUUAUUGAACCAGUCUAUAUUGCUCAAUGGGGUACCAUGUGGAUCAUGAUGAGACGCGAAAAAAGAGAUCGUAGGCAUUUUAAGAGAAUGCGAUUCCCACCAUUCGAUGACGAAGAGCCUCCUCUGGAUUAUGCCGACAAUGUACUGGACGUGGAGCCCUUAGAAGCUAUACAAAUAGAGCUAGAUUCGGAGGAAGACGAAUCUGUUGCAUCUUGGUUUUACGAACACAAACCUUUGGUUGGGACGAAACACGUCAACGGGUCUACAUAUCGCAAAUGGAAUUUAUCCCUCCCACAAAUGGCCACGUUGUAUCGACUGGCAAAUCAAUUAUUGACCGAUUUGGUCGAUCAAAACUUCUUCUACCUCUUUGACCCAAAGUCAUUUUUUACCGCGAAAGCAUUGAAUAUGGCUAUACCUGGGGGUCCGAAGUUUGAACCACUAGUCAAGGAUUCCAACGCAGCCGACGAGGACUGGAACGAGUUUAAUGAUAUAAACAAAAUAAUCAUCAGGCAACCAAUUCGUACAGAAUACCGGAUUGCGUUUCCGUAUUUAUACAACAACAUGCCACACUUCGUGCAUCUCUCAUGGUACCACGCUCCCAAUGUAGUGUAUAUUAAGACUGAGGAUCCUGAUUUACCUGCCUUUUACUUUGAUCCUCUGAUCAACCCGAUCUCACAUCGUAAUUCUCUGAAGACAAUGGAACCUCAAAUCGACGAAGAUGAAGAUUUUGUGCUUCCCGAAGAAGUUCAGCCUUUUCUGCAGGAAACUCCUCUGUAUACCGACAACACGGCAAAUGGCAUCGCACUAUUGUGGGCUCCACGCCCUUUCAACACUCGCUCUGGUAGAACUCGACGAGCUAUAGACAUUCCACUAGUGAAAUCUUGGUACCGCGAACAUUGUCCGCCUGGUCAGCCGGUGAAAGUUCGCGUCAGCUAUCAAAAACUUCUCAAGUAUUUUGUACUGAAUGCCUUGAAACACAGGCCACCCAAGCCACAGAAAAAACGCUACUUAUUCAGGUCUUUUAAAUCGACAAAGUUUUUUCAAACUACAACUAUCGACUGGGUGGAAGCUGGCCUUCAAGUUUGCAGACAAGGAUAUAACAUGCUGAACCUACUGAUUCAUAGAAAGAAUCUGAAUUACUUGCACCUUGAUUACAAUUUCAAUUUGAAACCAGUCAAAACUCUGACCACCAAAGAGAGAAAGAAGUCCCGUUUUGGUAAUGCAUUCCAUCUGUGUCGGGAAAUUCUUCGGUUGACGAAAUUAAUCAUCGAUUCCCACGUUCAAUACCGAUUGAACAACGUAGAUGCUUUCCAACUCGCCGACGGGUUGCAAUAUAUUUUUGCUCACGUCGGACAGCUCACCGGGAUGUAUCGAUAUAAGUACAAACUCAUGAGACAGAUAAGAAUGUGCAAAGACUUGAAACAUCUCAUCUACUACAGAUUCAAUACCGGUCCGGUAGGGAAAGGACCAGGAUGUGGGUUCUGGGCUCCUGGUUGGCGAGUGUGGUUGUUUUUCAUGCGUGGAAUUACACCAUUGUUGGAACGAUGGCUUGGGAAUCUAUUGUCGAGGCAAUUCGAAGGUCGACACUCCAAAGGGGUGGCAAAAACUGUCACUAAACAACGAGUCGAGUCUCACUUUGAUCUUGAGUUGAGAGCCUCGGUGAUGCACGAUAUAGUUGAUAUGAUGCCGGAAGGUAUCAAACAAAACAAAGCAAGGACUAUUCUACAGCAUCUCAGCGAAGCCUGGAGAUGCUGGAAAGCCAACAUUCCGUGGAAGGUACCAGGGCUCCCGAUACCAAUUGAGAAUAUGAUACUUCGCUAUGUCAAAAUGAAAGCUGACUGGUGGACUAACACUGCGCAUUACAAUCGCGAGCGUAUCCGGCGUGGCGCAACUGUUGACAAAACGGUGUGUAAAAAGAAUUUGGGACGCUUGACUCGACUUUAUCUCAAGGCGGAACAGGAGCGGCAACAUAAUUAUUUGAAAGACGGACCUUAUAUUUCACCGGAGGAAGCUGUCGCGAUUUACACUACGACGGUUCAUUGGUUGGAGUCUCGCAGAUUUGCACCAAUACCAUUUCCACCUCUGUCGUACAAACACGAUACAAAACUAUUGAUUUUGGCUCUAGAACGAUUGAAGGAAGCUUACAGCGUGAAAUCGAGAUUAAAUCAAAGCCAGCGAGAAGAACUGGGUCUGAUUGAACAAGCGUAUGACAAUCCUCACGAGGCAUUAUCCAGGAUCAAACGUCAUCUCCUAACCCAAAGAGCCUUCAAGGAGGUGGGAAUCGAGUUUAUGGAUCUGUACAGCCAUCUUAUUCCUGUGUACGACGUAGAGCCCUUAGAGAAGAUUACGGAUGCGUAUUUGGAUCAGUACUUAUGGUACGAGGCGGACAAACGUAGGCUCUUUCCGCCAUGGGUAAAACCCUCAGAUACCGAACCUCCGCCGCUUUUGGUUUAUAAGUGGUGUCAGGGUAUCAAUAAUCUACAAGAUGUCUGGGAUGUCAGCGAAGGCGAGUGCAACGUCCUACUUGAGUCAAAGUUUGAAAAGCUCUACGAAAAAAUUGAUCUGACAUUGCUCAACAGACUCCUCAGGCUCAUCGUUGAUCACAAUAUUGCUGAUUACAUGACGGCCAAAAACAACGUUGUCAUAAAUUACAAGGAUAUGAACCACACCAACAGUUAUGGUAUAAUCAGAGGUCUACAGUUCGCUUCUUUUAUAGCCCAAUAUUACGGGUUGGUAUUGGACUUGCUGGUGCUGGGAUUGCAAAGAGCAAGCGAGAUGGCCGGGCCUCCGCAGAUGCCAAAUGAUUUCCUAACAUUCCAAGAUGUAGCAUCCGAGACUGCUCAUCCUAUUCGUUUGUUCUGCAGAUACGUAGACAGGAUUCAUUUGUUCCUCAGAUUCACCGCUGAAGAGGCUAGAGAUCUAAUUCAACGAUACCUGACCGAACAUCCCGAUCCGAAUAAUGAAAACAUUGUUGGCUACAACAAUAAAAAAUGCUGGCCACGUGAUGCUCGUAUGCGUUUGAUGAAACACGACGUAAACCUUGGUCGAGCUGUAUUUUGGGACAUCAAGAAUCGGCUACCUCGCUCGACAACGACGAUCCAGUGGGAGAAUAGUUUCGUCAGCGUGUACAGCAAGGAUAAUCCUAAUUUAUUAUUCAAUAUGAGUGGCUUCGAGUGUCGUAUUUUGCCCAAAUGCAGAACAACGCACGAAGAAUUCACACAUAGAGACGGUGUGUGGAAUUUGCAAAAUGAGAUUACAAAGGAAAGAACAGCGCAAUGUUUCUUGAGAGUAGAUGACGAAAGUCUGCAGAGAUUCCACAACAGAGUGAGACAAAUUCUCAUGGCAUCUGGUUCAACUACAUUCACGAAGAUUGUCAACAAGUGGAAUACAGCACUCAUUGGAUUGAUGACUUACUUCCGGGAAGCAGUUGUCAAUACUCAGGAACUCCUGGACCUCUUGGUCAAAUGCGAAAACAAAAUUCAGACUAGAAUCAAGAUUGGGUUGAAUUCCAAAAUGCCUUCCCGAUUCCCUCCGGUCGUCUUCUAUACUCCCAAAGAACUGGGAGGACUUGGCAUGUUAUCCAUGGGCCACGUACUUAUCCCGCAGUCCGAUCUGCGAUGGUCAAAACAGACCGAUGUUGGGAUUACGCAUUUUCGCUCUGGUAUGAGUCACGACGAGGAUCAAUUGAUUCCCAACUUAUACCGAUACAUUCAACCGUGGGAAUCCGAAUUCAUAGAUUCUCAACGUGUCUGGGCCGAGUAUGCGUUGAAGCGGCAAGAGGCUAAUGCACAGAAUCGUCGACUGACUCUUGAGGAUCUCGAAGAUAGCUGGGAUCGCGGUAUCCCCAGAAUAAACACCCUCUUCCAAAAAGACAGACACACUCUAGCCUAUGACAAAGGAUGGAGAAUACGAACUGAAUUCAAGCAAUAUCAGGUACUGAAACAAAAUCCGUUCUGGUGGACCCACCAACGUCACGAUGGUAAAUUAUGGAAUUUGAAUAACUACAGAACUGACAUGAUCCAAGCUCUGGGUGGUGUAGAAGGGAUUCUCGAGCACACGCUCUUCAAGGGAACGUAUUUCCCCACCUGGGAGGGUUUGUUUUGGGAGAAAGCAUCUGGAUUUGAAGAGUCGAUGAAGUACAAAAAAUUGACCAAUGCACAGAGAUCUGGGUUGAAUCAAAUCCCGAAUCGUCGCUUCACCCUUUGGUGGUCCCCAACUAUCAACCGAGCUAACGUGUAUGUCGGAUUUCAGGUGCAACUGGAUCUGACGGGAAUCUUCAUGCACGGUAAAAUCCCUACUUUGAAAAUUUCCCUGAUCCAAAUAUUCCGAGCUCACUUGUGGCAAAAAGUGCACGAAUCGAUUGUGAUGGACUUGUGCCAGGUAUUCGAUCAGGAACUGGAUGCACUGGAAAUCGAAACCGUGCAGAAGGAAACUAUUCAUCCCAGAAAGUCAUACAAGAUGAAUUCUUCUUGCGCGGAUAUAUUGCUCUUCUCGGCGUACAAAUGGAAUGUCUCCAGACCAUCUUUAUUAGCCGAUUCAAAAGAUAUGAUGGAUAAUACUACAACUCAGAAAUACUGGAUCGACGUUCAGUUGAGAUGGGGUGAUUACGAUUCUCAUGAUAUCGAGAGAUACGCCCGAGCCAAGUUCUUGGAUUACACAACGGAUAACAUGUCGAUUUACCCUUCGCCAACUGGUUUGUUAAUCGCGAUCGAUUUGGCUUAUAACUUGCACAGUGCCUAUGGCAAUUGGUUUCCGGGGUGUAAACCGUUGAUACAACAGGCAAUGGCAAAGAUAAUGAAAGCUAAUCCUGCUCUGUACGUGUUGAGAGAACGGAUUAGAAAGGCUCUUCAACUUUACUCAUCCGAACCCACGGAGCCUUACCUGUCCUCCCAGAACUAUGGCGAACUUUUCUCUAAUCAGAUUAUUUGGUUCGUCGACGACACAAACGUGUAUCGAGUGACCAUACACAAAACAUUCGAGGGUAACUUGACUACGAAACCUAUAAACGGUGCGAUAUUUAUCUUCAAUCCUCGAACCGGACAGCUUUUCCUCAAAAUCAUUCAUACUUCGGUUUGGGCUGGUCAAAAACGUUUGGGACAGCUUGCCAAAUGGAAGACCGCCGAAGAGGUUGCAGCUCUGAUUCGGUCUCUGCCUGUCGAAGAACAACCGAAGCAAAUCAUAGUAACGAGAAAGGGUAUGCUGGAUCCGCUCGAGGUUCAUUUACUCGAUUUCCCUAACAUUGUGAUCAAGGGAUCGGAGCUGCAGCUUCCGUUCCAAGCCUGUCUUAAAGUUGAAAAGUUUGGUGAUCUUAUUUUGAAAGCCACAGAACCGCAAAUGGUCCUUUUCAAUCUUUACGAUGAUUGGUUAAAAACCAUUUCAUCGUACACGGCAUUUUCACGUCUGAUUCUCAUCCUGAGAGCAUUGCAUGUAAAUACCGAGAGAACAAAGGUUGUUCUGAAGCCCGAUAAAACGACAAUAACCGAACCGCACCAUAUUUGGCCUUCUCUUACCGAUGACGAGUGGAUCAAAGUGGAGGUACAGCUCAAAGAUUUGAUCUUGGCCGACUACGGCAAAAAGAACAACGUUAACGUUGCGUCGCUCACGCAAUCUGAAAUCCGUGAUAUUAUCCUUGGUAUGGAGAUUAGUGCACCGUCCGCGCAGAGACAACAAAUAGCGGAGAUCGAGAAACAGACCAAAGAGCAAUCUCAACUCACAGCAACAACCACGAGAACCGUGAACAAGCACGGUGACGAAAUCAUUACUGCUACUACGUCGAAUUACGAAACUCAAACAUUCAGUUCUAAAACCGAAUGGCGAGUCAGAGCUAUAUCCGCCACCAAUCUUCACUUACGAACGAACCACAUCUAUGUUUCAUCCGACGACAUCAAGGAAACCGGCUACACCUACAUCUUGCCAAAGAAUGUGCUCAAGAAAUUUGUCACCAUCUCCGAUUUACGGGCUCAGAUCGCGGGGUAUUUGUACGGUAUCAGUCCACCAGACAAUCCCCAGGUCAAAGAAAUCAGGUGUAUAGUAAUGGCUCCUCAGUGGGGAACUCAUCAAACCGUGCACCUACCGAGUUCAUUACCAAAUCAUCAAUACCUCAAGGAAAUGGAACCCCUGGGAUGGAUACACACCCAGCCAAACGAACUACCGCAGUUGUCUCCACAAGACAUUUCGACCCAUGCAAGGGUAAUGGCAGAGAAUUCCGGGUGGGACGGAGAAAAAACCAUCGUCAUUACUUGCAGUUUCACACCUGGAUCCUGCUCCCUUACCGCGUAUAAGCUCACGCCUAGUGGUUUCGAAUGGGGCAAACAAAAUACCGACAAGGGAAAUAACCCCAAGGGAUAUCUCCCCAGUCAUUAUGAAAAAGUACAAAUGCUGUUAUCCGACCGCUUCCUGGGUUUCUUUAUGGUGCCUAGCCAAGGCUCUUGGAACUACAACUUCAUGGGUGUGAGGCAUGACCCAAAUAUGAAAUACGAGUUGCAGCUGGCUAACCCCAAAGAAUUCUAUCACGAGGUUCACCGGCCUGCCCAUUUCCUCAAUUUCUCAAGUCUAGAAGAUGGCGACGGAGUAGGUGCGGACAGAGAAGAUAUGUAUUCGUAAAAUGACACCUGAUACUCGACGUCGUUCUCGACGAUGUAAAUUCGCUCAGAUGGCACUAAGAGUGGCAGAAAGUGCUGGAAAGUAACCAAGCCGCAUUCGAAGCUAGACGCCGAAACUCCAACGGAAAUACAAGGUCGUGGAUCGUUUCCCUGAAAUGAAAUGCCAAGAUGUGUUCGAAUAUUCCGCUCCAUAUUGGAAUCGAUAACGUAGGUCGAUUGUUGAAACGUGUCGAAAACUGAAAAAAGGCAGAGAAGCCCGGUAUUUCUAGAUAUAAAUAGUUGGAAAAGGUAAUUAUUUCUCGCAUGGAUUCACAUCGGCUAAAUUACGUACAAUUUUGGCAUGUAAGGAGAAUUUUUAUUUUCGUGGACCAACGGCAGAAUGUACGCCAAGUGUGUUUGAUGUUGACCCUCCUAGUGGCCAAGCGCGUCGCGUCGAGUCGUGGCCACUAGGAGGGUCAACAUCAAACACACUUGGCGUACCACAUCGCCGCGUAACGCAGCCCGCGAGAAGCGAGUGCGACGGCUAACUGACGAAAGCCAUACAAAUAUCGAAAUACAUUAUAUUUUACACGUGGACUUGAAUUUAAUCACUCGAUACGCGGCACGUCGCUUGUGUUGUAUUAUACUUUUUGAACGAAAUAAAAUCAAAUUUAAAAAACUGACCAGAUUCUUGCUUUGCGAGCGAG